CGGCAGUCGCGUGGCGGCCUUCAUCUUCGUCAAUCCGCAGGAAGUUCUUCACGCUUUGAUUAAAUCGCGCGCGAUUUCGCUUCACUUUAGUGGCUCGAAUUGAUGAUUUAUUGCCGAUGAAAUUCGAAUUCGAUGCUGCGAUCCACAGGACUUUGAAGUCCCACCCUUUUGAGAUAUGAGUGAGAUUGGUCCAGAGUGCAGGCCUAGAUGGAAGCAUGCGUAACUCUAUGGCAAGCGUCAUGGCUUUUGGCACUGAUUGCUAUGGUGCAAACGCAGAUAACUACCGAAAUUUUGAAGAUUACCAGGCACAAUAGCGGGGAUAUUUUCUCUUCAGCUCCAGACAAAAACAGGCCCUGCACUGAAGAAACCUGUAUUGGAGUCAGUAGCGGAACAGCAGUGGCGAUUUCAGGGAAAGAUCUGUGCACUUGCAGAUGCCAUCAACAUCUUCCAGCUUUUCGGGACGAUUUGCAGAUCUGUGUAGACGACAUCAAUGAAUGUAUUUUAGCGCCUUUCGUGGGCGGCUCCACGUCCCAACAGAUUCCGUUCGUGUUCCUGCCACUCAAAGACCAGAUCAUCCAUCCGAGCAAGGAAAUAUCUUUCACUGGUAUUCAUAAGCCAGUAUGUGCAGUAUCAGAAGCGAAGUUCUUAACAGAAGCUGGCUGGGCGGACUUGCGAAAGCCUUUAGACAAUGAUGUGCCCUUUCGGCUGUUUAGGGAUGAAGGGCGCACUUUUUUACAAUGGAUUGGAGAACCCGAACUGCGCAACAAAAUGUCCGGCCGCAUGGUUCUGGUCCAUCUCAUGUGCCGCGAACUGGAGGAUCAGCCCUUAGCAGCCCCCAAUAAAGACAUUUUCGGGCCUUGUGUGGCCUUUAGAAUCGUUGGAACGCCCUCGAAAAUACACAGCAAUGUUACCGAAGUGGCCUUUUCUCUAGACGCCCAUUCCGGCUCAGAAAAGGACAGCCUGAGCGUCUCAGAGUACGUGGCAAUCGGAAUUUGUUCGGUUCUUCUUGGUCUGAUCUACGUGGCCUCCAUUUUCUUAUACCUUCACCUCAAGAAACGCAAUUCCCUCAAAAACUCACAGACCGACAGGAAAAACCAAAACAUUGUGACCGUGGAGGAGGGAGUAGUGAAAAACAAUCCCCUACUCUCACUCACUCAUCAUUUUGGGCCUGCGGAAAGCGCCUACAGUGACACCAACAGCUCCGACAACGAAAACGCCCCGGAUUUGCUCCAAAAUCACGAUAAACUUGUCACUUCUGCAAUAGUUCACUCCCAGCAAAGAACCAGGUCCAGAUGCUCCUCGCCGCAAGGCUACAGCUCAUCCCCGGAGGCUUAUCAGGAAAACUCCAGCUUCGAGCGCCUGCCAGAGGAAAACGUUUCCAUUGUGGAAACUCUGGAAGAUCGGCCCGACAGCAUCAAAGCACUGUCUGGAGCAGCUCGCAAAAAGCUCUACUUCAACCCAGCCUAUUUCGAGCCGCACUUGCUAAUAGCUCCGCCCCCAGCCGCCCUGGAGUUCCUGGACAAAAUCCGCGAGGUCAUCGACAUCGCCAAGCAGAAGAUGAGCACCAAAAGAUACGUCCCCACUCUCCUCCACAUCCCGGAGGAGGAGUCCAACUACUCAGUGGAGCCCAGCUACGACUUCUCCCGGCCUUCUAGUAGACGAGGCAGCGUCAUCAGCCUAAAGAGGGAGAACAGCCGCAGGAAAUCCUGCUCUGGCUGCCCUGGCUGCGAGCCGCAAGACAUCAGCGCAGUUUAUCAAAGGUUGCCGGACUUUCCCUCACUGGCCGCCUGCCAGAACUGCACGGCAGGCAACGAAAGCAAAGAGCACAGCAUCCAGAAAUGGCUGGAAGACAUUCCAGUUCUAAGGCUGGAUGAGCGUUGCGGGCCUGUCGCCACUCCUGCAGGGUCCAAUCAGAGGAGAAUUCGAUCCCCCACCAGAUCGCUGCCUGAUAGCAGAGCCGAUAGGGCUCUGUCUCCAAGACCGGCCUCAGAAGCAACCGCUCGCAGCCAUCGGAAGCCCGCGCAACUCCCCAGAAAGGAGAAGGUUCUGAAGCCCAUGUCGCCGCCUCCUCCAGUUCCAGUGGAACGGAGGACGACUCUGCCUCCUCCUGAUAUGAUACAUGAGGCGAUCGAAAUGGAGAACCAAGCGGACGAAACCCGAAUCCCCACGCUCACAAAGAAGCAAAUGAAUGCUGUGAUCAACGAGCUGACCGUGCACAAGAACAUGUUGGAGGCGGCAAACCGCGAGCUCGCCCGAAGGGCCAGCGCUGGCUACGAAACCGACAGUCUGGAACGAAACGGCAAACAUCCAGGUUACUCCACUCCGUCUGAGUAUGCGGAAGUGGCCUCCUCCCAAGCCAGCCCCAGUCUGAGCACAGCGCUGCCAGUGGACGAAGAGAUCACGAUGCAAAACGCGAUCUUCAACACCCAAACUGGUCACCUGACCUUAUCGAAGCUGAGCUCAGAAGCUGCGGACGGAGACGACCACGACUAUGAGCUGGUGGUGUUGAAAAACCACCCUCAGCUCUUCACUGGAAGUCCUGCGGGCAGCUACAGCCUGGUGAGUGAAGUGUAUGUGAACAACGGCUACAACUAUGGCAGCAACCCCUCAUCUCCUUCGGAGUCGAACUGUUCCACUAUGGACAAGAAGAGCCUGAAGGUGCGCUAUGAGGGAGGCGUGGAAAAGCCUGGAAAGCUGCUGAUCGAAGUGGAGGACUGUCUGGAUCAUUACAUCCCUGUGAACGAUUCGGAUGAGUUUGAGCCCGACACGCUGGAUCGUCCCAACAAGUACGAAAAGCUCUCAGUGGCUCAGAGCUUUGAGGAGAGUGUAGAAGAAAAUUCCAACCAGAUCCUGUUGCGAACCACUGGAAGCUUCAAGCAGGGGGCUCUGGAUGUGAAUGCCAACCAUGUGGAAAGCAGCAACUUCCACCGAGUGCUCGGGAGUCUCCGGGAAAUGUACCAGGAGAAAAAGCUCUGCAAAGAGCUUGAAGUGGACGAGGAUGGAAAGUUGCUCACUUUAGAGGAGCGCCACUCGAAGAGGCAAAGGAUCAAAACGACCUCAAAUGGUCCAGUGGUGCCUCCGGAUCUCAUCCCGCCUCCUCCUCCUAUCUACGAGCGCCCAAAACCUCCAAUAAAAGUCCCCAAAGCAGUGUCUUCCUCAGAAACCCCAAACCAUCCAAAAAACGAGCCUGACAGGAGUGCGAACUGCAUCGUUGGCACUCCUGCGCUUCCCGAGUAUAAACUGAUCCAAACACAUGAUUUCAUCUCGGAUAAAAAUCAGUGCGUGUUCCAUUCAACCAUCCAGCACUCAUCGCUUAAACGGCUGCAGCCUUUCAAUCUGCGACCAGAAGAUCCGGGGUAUCUGAGCACCGACUCCAAUGAGUCCAGGCUCAGAGUCCUGCUCAAUAGGAAGCUGCUAGCGGAUCAGAACGGCAGCGAAACAGACGAGAGUCUGGGCGAUGGCCACAGCGAGUCUGGAGCGGAAAGCGUGGAAACUCACUCGGUCUUUUUCGGACGAUAUUCCAGAAAACCGGGUGGCGCUCUAUCCAGCUCUCUGGAUAGUGGCGUAUUGAACUGUGAGGAUGGACAAUCGAGCAGCGAUUCGGAAACUGUCAGCUAUACGACGGUUGUUCCGGUUUCCUCCAACAAUAACUCACUGGUAAUGAGGUAGGAGUUUGGAGGGGAUUCUGAAUGAGUGAGUUUUUAAAAACGGGUUUGUAUGUGGCAAGGUUCGGAUGGAGUUAAACUAGCAUUUCAAUUUUCGAGCAGUGUAUAUUUCCCACGCUGUUUGACGCACGUCGCAUGCAAAGCAUCGGGUGGACGCGACUGAAAACACACUGCUGCCAAAUUGAAGUGGUUAGUAUUAGUUACUUGCAGUAGGAAAAAGUGGGAGUGAGUGCAUUUUGGUGCACAGGGUGAGUGAAAUUGCCAACACCGAGAAAAUAGUCGCAGCUAAAAGUUAGGGAAUAUUUAAGCUACGCGUUCAAUUUGCGGCGCAAUGUGUUUGUCUAAAACUCAGAACAUCGAUAGUGGGCAUAUACCCGCUACACGCUGUUUGCAUCGAUAAACACCCAUCAAAACACUGACUUUUAGACAACUAUUCAAACACUUUUUCGAACCAUUUACAUGCAAACCGUGAACAAACACCGUCUGAACGUAUAUUUGUUUUAUAAAGUUAAGAUUUUUUUGGGAAAAUUCAAUGAAAAAUUCGUUUAAACCUAAGUGCAAUAUUGUAAAUUUGUGAUAUAGAUUACGCGGGCCGGAAGUGCAAUAAAGAAGAUUAGUUAUUAAGGUUUUUUAGUGUUUAAAGCUCAACUUAGUGGUUUUAUCUAGGCAUAUGUGAAUAGGAUAGAGUAUACGCAAAAAGAAAAGUCGUGCAAUUUUAUACUUAAGUGUGAUACAUCGUGUGCAAUAUUUUUAGUUUUUCGUUUGUUUUUUUUUAGAUAAGGCUCUGUGCUCACUUCAAAGUACCUGCGAUUUUUCAUAAUCAGGUUUUUGGAACGGGAAUGAGCGAUUGUUUUUAAGUUUCUUUUAGUGUAAGAUAUUUUUUGCGAUUUCAAAUUGAGGUGCUUUAGAAGCACCUUAACGCUCAAGUCCUAUAAAGCAACCCAAAAUUCUACUUUAAUUCCAUUAGUUGUAGGGAUUUGUCUAAAUGCUCACAGUUUUAGCAUUAAGUUUGCUAGAUUAGGGCCUAAUUUAUAGGAUCUACUUAUAGGCAAUUGUUGACUAAGUUAUUUAUUAAAGGUUUAUUUUAAUAUCGGUUAGUUAAUGGUUUUAAGAGAAUGUUAAUAUAUUGACUGACACCCGACGAAAUGUUGACGAAAUAAAGUUGGUUUGCGUUAAAGAAAAUCUAGCAGCUUUAGUUUGCUCCUGGACUAUUAUUUGUAAGAAUUUUUACUUUUUUAUGUUGCUUUGAAGCUUUGUGGCUCGAAAUGAAAGUUUUCAAUGUUAUCUUAUCGGAAAAGACACGUUUUCAGUUGAAUCCCAGUUAAAUCCUGGAAAACAAUGCCUGAUUCAAAGCGGGCAAACAUUAGGUAAGUAGUGUAAGCAGGCCUGUAAAUUGUUUGAAUAAUGACAUAAAAAAUUCGCCGGUCCGAUGGUCGCAUAGAUCGUUGCAAAGUGAAGAUCGUAUAAAAAAAUUUCCUGCUAUAAACUAAUCCACAUUUAUUACUUUAUCUAUUGCUCACAUUGGCGGUGUUUUCACCAGUAAUCCUGUUGAAAGGCGAUUUUCCUUCUGUGCGCUCAGGCUGUUAGCAAUGUGAUAACGGAUCAAGCAGGAAUAGGACCCAACAAAGGCAAAAUGAGAG